UGUCUUCUUGCCUUAACCCUGGUUUUUCAAUUUCGCCCUUUGGCUCUCUGGCGGCAUAAGCCAAUCAUCCAUGGCUGCCUAGAGAGGGAACCCUUGGUGAACACUGAUGCAAGCUUCCGCUCUCCUCUUCACAAACGUUCUUUUCAAAUAAACUUAUAUAUCGUGGCUCUUUCUCCUCCUCUCAACAAAUCAACCCUUCAUGGCUUCUUCUCUUGCACUUUGAACCUCUUCAAUACGCUAAAGUUUUCCUAUAAAAAAGGCCUCCUCCACUUUCUCCUCGUCAUAUUGAGCUUUAAUGGAUUUGAGAAGGCUCACUUUCAUCAAACCCACCUUUGUUUAUCAUCCCAUAACUCGCCCCUUAACAUUUGUGACGUCUUCAAUCGAACAACCACCUCAAAUGCAUACUCAAGAGCCUUCAUCGCAUUCCCAGACCCAACAACAAGCUUCAAAUCAGAGUUUAGUUAAGUGUGUAUUUUCUAUUCUGUCUAAUUCAUCUUUUGAUUCUUCUAAAUGUAGACAACUCCUGCCUCAUUUGUGUCCUCAUGAGUUCGAUCGUUGUUUCUUUGCUAUUGAAUCGAAUGUGAAUCCCAAAACCGCUUUAAAGUUCUUUCAAUUUGCAUCUGAUACUUGCCAGUAUCGUUUCACAGUACGUUCUUAUUGCCUUUUGAUCCGAUUGCUAGUUUUUUCCAAUCUUUUAUCGCCGGCGAGAUUGCUUUUCAUCCGUUUGAUUGAUGGGAAACUGCCAGUUUUGUUUGCCAACGACUAUCAGAGGAGACACUUUGAGAUCGCUAUGGCAAUUGCGGAACUGAAUUCAGGGUUUGAGCUGGUCAUUUCAGUUAAAGUAGUUGAUUUAUUAUUUCAUGUUUAUAGCACACAAUUUAAACAUCUGGGUUUUGGUGUUGCUGUUGACGUGUUUAGUUUAUUAGCGAGCAAGGGUUUGUUUCCAUCUUUGAAGACUUGCAAUCUUUUGUUGAGUUCUUUAGUGAAAGCGAAUGAGUUAAAGAAGAGCUAUGAGGUGUUUGAUAUGAUUUGUCGUGGUGGUGUCACUCCCGAUGUUUACUUGUUUAGUACUAUGGUUAAUUCUUUUUGCAUGGGAGGCAGAAUGGAGGAUGCCAUUGGGUUGUUUAUUAAAAUGGAAAAAAUGGGUAUUGCUCCAAAUGUUGUUACAUAUAACAAUAUUAUACAUGGUCUGUGCAAGAAUGGAAGAUUAGAUGAGGCAUUUCAGUUUAAAGAAAAGAUGGUAAAAGAGGGAGUGAACUCAAGUCUUAUAACUUAUAGCAUUCUCGUUAAUGGUUUGGUUAAGUUGGAGAGAUUUGAUGAAGCUAACUGUAUUCUGAAGGAAAUGACAGACAGAGGUUUCGUGUCAAAUAUUGUUUUGUAUAACACAUUGAUUGAUGGAUAUUGUAGGACGGGUCAUAUUUAUGAGGCACUAAAAAUAAUAAGAGAUAAUAUGGUAUCUAAGGGAAUAAGUCCCAAUUCAGUUACUUACAAUUCAAUCAUACAAGGCUUUUGCAAGAGUAAUCAAAUGGAAAAUGCUGAGUAUGUUUUGGAGGAAAUGCUAUCAAGAGGUUUAGUAAUAAAUCAGGGUGUGUUUACUUCAGUUAUUCAUGGGUUAUGUUUAAAGUCUAGGUUUGAUUCUGCUCUAAAGUGCACUAGGAAGAUGCUGUUAAGAAAUUUAAAGCCUAAUGAUGGUUUACUGACCACGUUGGUUUCCGGGCUAUGCAAGAAUGGUAAGCAAUCAGAUGCUGUUGAAUUUUGGUUUGAACUAUUGGAAAAGGGUUUUGCAGCCAAUUUAGCGACCUCAAAUGCUCUUAUACAUGGGUUAUGUGAAGCUGGUAACUUGCGAGAAGCUGCCAAGCUUCUUAAGGAAAUGGUGGAUAGGGGUUUGAAAUUGGACAAAAUUUCAUAUAAUACACUCAUAUUAGGAUGUUGCAGGGAAGGCAAAGUCGAGGAAGGUUUUAAACUUAAGGAAGUGAUGGCAAAACAAGGAAUUGAACCAGACCUAUAUACCUACAAUCUGCUACUACAUGGGCUUUGUAAUAAGGGCAAAAUAGAAGAAGCUGGUAUGCUUUGGGAUGAAUGCAAAAGAAAUGGUCAUGUUCCAAAUGUUUAUACAUAUGGGGUCAUGAUAGAUGGAUACUGUAGAGCCAACAGAGUUGAAGAGGGUGAAGAACUGUUCAAAGAGAUGGUUACUAUGAAAAUGCUGCCAAAUUCUGUUGUUUACAAUACACUAAUAAGUGCAUAUUGUAAAUGUGGAAAUAUGAUUGAAGCUUUCAGACUUCGUGAUGACAUGAGAAGUGGAGGCAUACCAUUAACUUCUGCCACAUAUUCUUCCCUCAUACAUGGGCUUUGCAAUAUCGGCCUUGUCGACAAUGCAAAUAACCUUCUUGAUGAGAUGAGGAAGGAGGGCUUAUUGCCUAAUAUUGUCUGCUACACUGCACUUAUUGGCGGUUAUUGUAGGCUAGGGCAGAUGGAUAAAGUUGAUGGUGUCUUACAGGAAAUGUCUUUACAUAAGAUACAUCCUAAUAAGAUUACUUAUACUAUCAUGAUAGAUGGGCAUUACAAAUUGGGAAAUAUGAAAGAAGCAUAUAAGCUUUUGGGAGAGAUGGCUGAAAAAGGAAUUGUCCCAGAUGCCAUCACCUACAAUGCCCUUACAAAUGGGUUUUCUAAGGAAGUGAAAGUUGAGGAAGCUUUUAAAGUAUGCGAUCAAGUGUCCUCCAGAGGAUUACCUUUGGAUAAAGUUACAUAUACUACAUUAGCUGAUGGGUUGCAUAAGCCCUCAGCAAUCACAAAUCAAGAAUCUCUGAAAUAGUUGGAUUCUUAGUCUGUAAGUGGAUUUUUUUGUCUCUGAAAUAGGAAAGCUGAUCGUUGCUUUUGGAGAUUGUUUGCGCAUCUUCUCUUUUAAAUUCAAGUACUAUCAUUGAAUUUCAGAGGAUUGGACUUUAUCUCAAAUAAUGUGGUUGUGCAUCCUUUGGUGCAGCAUUGAUUCACUGCAUCUACAAGCUUAAGGUUGAGGUUGCUCUAAUGGACAAAGCAAGUCACUUAUUUCUGUAACGGAUACAUGGUUCUUAAAAGCAGCCUGCUGAAUCAAAUAUUUCAGUUUGGUUUUCUUCCUUCACUAAAUCAGUUCAGUUCGUUUAUAUACAUAUAUUUAUUUAUUCUUUUUUGAUUUUUGGUUUUUUCAGUGUGAUUCAGUUCAGUUACAACCAAAGAUCAAUGAACACCCUUGUCUAAUACCACCUGAUGUUUUAUAUUAUUGCUCUUUUUUUGGGUCCAUGUAGUAAUGUUCUAAUACUAUGCAUCUGCUUUUUGGAUUACAGCUUUAUUUUUUAUAUGAAAUUAGACACUUAUAAGUAUCCUUCAGUCAUUGCAGUGAAGGAAAAAUUGCUCAUUCAUUGAUCAGCAUAUGCCAAUCCUCACUUGGGAGGUGAGAAGAACAAUAAGCUUAUGGCGUGGAUCUUUGGAAUGAAAUCAUAAGAAGGGAUGUUGAUACCAAAGAAGAUGAUUUGCCACUUGGAAGAGGCUAAUAAAAGGUUCUAAAAUUCAAAGCUCUCGAGAUGCUGACACAAAGAAGGCUUUAGGUAUUUUUCAACCGCUCCAGGUUCUAUGACUUCGCGUGCUAUCUCAGGAUAUAGUGCAGUGUGAAGAGUUGGUAACCACAUGCUUGAAGCUGCUGCUCAUAGUCCUCAGUUUGCUUUUAUGAUAUUCUACUGUAAGCAAAGAAAAAUGAAGUCCAUUUGUUUUGCCAUGAUGUUUAUGUUGAGAAUGUAAAAUUUUUUAUCAUGGCAGCUGAAUUGACUUGGAUUCAACAAGGGAUUGUAGUGUAACGAAUUGUUGAAGUUAUUUAGUAAAGUGAUGAGCUUAAUGAGCUGUA